AUGGUGACGCUCACACUCACACUCAAGGCAAGCUUAAAAGAAAAUCCCGAAAAACCAGGGCAAGAGGCUGCACCUAUCCAUCGCAUUCGUAUUACCUUAACCUCCAGAAAUGUGCGAUCAUUGGAGAAAGUCUGUUCUGAUCUCAUUACUGGGGCAAAGAAGCAAAAGCUGAGGGUGAAGGGUCCAGUUCGCAUGCCGACGAAAGUUUUACGCAUAACUACACGUAAAACUCCUUGCGGAGAGGGUUCUAAAACUUGGGAUCGUUUCCAAAUGAGGAUUCAUAAGCGCGUGAUCGAUCUUCACUCGCCCUCUGAAAUUGUCAAGCAAAUUACGUCAAUUUCAAUUGAGCCAGGUGUAGAAGUAGAAGUUACUAUCGCUGAUGCAUAA